AUGUCUGUAUUUAGAAUCCCAACAGGAAUCAUUGAGGAUAUCCACAGUAUGAUUAUAAACUUCUAUUGGGGGCAGCGGGGUACGAAGCGUCGAGCCCACUGGGUGCGGCGAGAAGAAAUGGUCUGUGCAAAAGAGGGAGGAAUGGGAUUCUGGGAUUUAAAUGGUUUCAACGCUGCUUUGUUGGCGAAGCAGCUGUGGCGACUAUAUCAACAAUCGUCGUCCCUAGUAGCACGUAUCAUGCAGGCUAAGUAUUACAAGAACUCUUCGGUUCUUGAGGCGACGACUGGCUAUCAACCAAGCUUCUUGUGGAGAAGCCUGAUUAGCGCACAAGAUCUACUUUGCGAGGGUCUCAGAUGGCGCGUUGGAGAUGGUUGA